AUGAAGGUGUUACAAGCCCAGAAGAAGAACAACAGCACCGAGCUGACUAUUGAGUCAGACAGGAUGUCCUCACCUAACAGUGCUGUCAGCUUGUCAGGCUUCAUGAAUGAGCAGCUGGACUUUAAUAAUAAAAGUGAUAUUAUCAGUACACUAAAUUACAUACUGCCUUAUAUCUCAGAGGGAAAUCUAGGAGAUGAAACAGAAUGCCCACUAAACCAGCAGCUCUGGUCCCUCAUCCCCAACAAUGACGUGCAAAGGCUCAUUUCUCAUGUUAUCCAGACUUUGAAAAUAGACUGCUCGGACACCCACGUGCAGCUGGCCUGUGCCAACCUCAUCUCUAGAACAGGCCUCCUGAUGAAGCUUCUCAGCAAGCAGCAAGAAGUAAAUGUGUCCAAAGCGGAAUGGGAUAUGGACCAGUGGAAAGCUGACAACUCUAUCAGUGAGAGCACAGAAGCCCAGAGUGAGCAGAAAGAGCAGGAGUCAAGUGAGCUCACAAAAGAAGUUCCAGGUUAUGACUAUAACAACAAACUCAUCUUGGCAGUAUCUGUACCUGUAGUAGUGACGAUUUGUGUUAGAAUUCUCUGUCUCAUUGAGGUAAGGACAAUAAUUAAUUCAGAUUCAGAACCCAGAAACUGA